AUGUAUUACUGGAUCGGUUAUGAAGCUAUUUCUGCCAUCUAUGCAUCUAUAAUAUGGUCAUGUCUUCUGAUUACUGGAGCUAGAUUUUACCGUGAAACUAGUUUGAAGGAGCCUUUGUUGAUAUUUAGUAUUCUUUCAUUAAUUGGUUUAAAUGCUAUACAUUGGGUAACCGUUAUUCUCAACUUGAAGCAAAUGAAAGAUCAACCGGAUUUGGUCAUUUUAAUAUUUCAAGCUAUCUUAUGGAUGAUAUGUGGAAUGUGUUCUUUUAUUUACACUUUUACACCAAUUUUAACCGUUCAUUUUAAUCACAUUGGUUUGAAGGCAAGGUUUGAUGUUGAGAUUAAUGGCGACAUAAAUUCUCCUAAGGAUGAAAAUGAUAAUGCCACUGAAAAUUCUUUUGACACCAUUCCUUCUAUCCGAAAUUUAAAUGAUCCAACUGGACAAAAAUAUUCUAUUAGUUCUCGGAAUGCCGCUGUAGGAUCCUGGUAUAUGAUCACUAUAGGUUUCUUAACUUUAGGUUAUGCAACUUUUUACAUAAUCGUUUUUAUCACACCUCCAUUUGUACCAUAUCAUCCGAUCACAAACUCAGUGGAUUUUAUGCUUAGAACUAUUUAUUUGGGAGUUUAUGGCAUACCCCCAACAAAAGGUUUACUACAUUGGGUAGCUAGAAAUGUAUUAGGAAUGAAAGGAAAUUUGACUUCACUCAAAACGUCUGGAACACAUUCUACAGUUGCGGCAAUUUCUGAAGUCCAAGGAAAAGGAAGAACCAAAGACCGAAGCCCAUCACCAUCAACCACUAGCACAAAACAACAAAUAACAUCGCCACCGUUGCCUCUCAAUAAAGAUCAAUUAUCUGUUUUGCGGGAUAAGAUCAAUUCAACCAAUGAUGAUAACAUUAGUAAAGAGGAUACUACUAGUGAAGAUGACAAUAGCAAUAUAUCAACAUUGAAGAGAAAGAAGUCAAAAGAUAAUGAUACAAAGAAAUUAAAGAAAUUGAAAAAAAAUGAUAAGUAUAAAUAG